AUAAGAGCAGUUAUAGAAUACAAUAACAUCCGUGGUAAGAGCAAAUUAAAAUGAGACAAAAUAAAAAUGACAGCACAAUUACAUUUAAGAGCGGUUACCACUAAGAGAAGUAAAGCUUACACAUAUUUGGUUAGAAGAGUAAAUUUCAUUACGAGCAAGUACAAUAAAUGGAUAAGGACGAUUUAAAAUAUCUUAUCUUAUCCAAUAAAUCCACAUAUUCUGGAGACAAAAUCAUGGCGACGUCACGUCACGGCGCAGACUUCGUUCUGACUGACGCAGAGCGCCACGGCGGCUUGUCGGGUAUUUAAACACACGUUGUUCGGAAUUCACCAAGCGGGGCAAUAUCUGAAAAAUGGUGCGAAAACUGAAAUACCACGAGCAGAAGCUGCUCAAGAAAGUGGACUUCAUCAGCUGGGAGGUGGACCAGAAUCUACACGAAGUGAAAGUACUGCGGAGAUUCCACAUCGAGAAGAGAGAGGAUUACACCAAGUAUAACAAGCUGAGCAGGAGUGUCCGGGAGCUGGCUCGCAAGAUCAGAGACCUGGGCGAGAAGGACGGUUUCCGGGCGAAGUGCACCAGCCAGCUGCUGAACAAACUGUACACCGUGGGGCUGAUUCCCACCAGAGAGAACCUGGUGCUCACAGAGAAGGUGUCGGCCUCGUCCUUCUGCAGGAGACGUCUGCCCACCAUCAUGGUGAAGCUGAGGAUGGCACAGAACCUGAAGACCGCCAUCACCUUCAUAGAGCAGGGUCAUGUGCGUGUCGGUCCUGAGAUCAUCACAGACCCUGCCUUCCUUGUGACGAGAAACACAGAGGAUUUUGUGACCUGGGUGGAUUCCUCCAAGAUCAAGCAGCACGUGAUGGAGUAUAAUGAACAGAGGGAUGAUUUUGACCUGGUUGUGUAGGAGGGUCCCUGGCUGCUGUUAAUGAAACCCUUUUCAUUGAGCUGUGAGGAGCCGCGGCCACACUGCCUGUGAGAGGCGCACUGCUCUGGAGCCACGGCUGCUUUACUCAUUGCACUGCACAGGGCACAGGUCCAUUGACACUGCUGAAAACACCGUCAGUGUAUUUAUAGCAGUGCAGUCUAAUGUGUGCUUUUUUAUAUAGAAAUACAGACUGCUUUCUACUUUAUUCUGAUUUUACAAUUUGUUAUUUGCUGCCAUUUCCCAUCCUGUACAGUGUUUUACUGAACUUGCAUUCUCUGAGCUGUGGAGUGCAGGGGAAGCAGCAGCUGCAGACAAUUGGAAGCAAUACUGGACCACCAGACUAGCAGAGAAGCAUUUAUUAAGAUCUGGUUACAACAAUCCCCUAAACCUUCAGGGAGCAGGAUUGAGAAACUGCAGUGAAAGCAAUACAAUGUUAUUCUAUUCUUACUUACUGUUCUGCUCUUGUGCAGUUUUAAUUAAAUCUGGUGAAUAUUUAAUUUGAAUUGUUUGGAAAUAUACGCUAUACAGUUCCCUGCUAUUAUAAAGACCACACUAUGAAAUAACAUUAAUGAGAUUAA